CUCUCAGCCUGCCCACGAUUAAUCUGACGACAGCGACGGGUGAGAAGAGCAAGAUGGAGGAGUUGCAGAAGCCAUUGACACUAUUCUCACCUCCUACACCGUCGGAAGCGCGACGCAUUGCGAAACGCCACGCUGCAUUUGGACCUCUCGGAUCGAAGCAACAUCUAUACUCGUCGAGAUUCGUGGGCGAGGAGUUCCCGGAGCCGAUCGAGGACGAACCACCAUACUUCUACCUCAUCACAACCUACAUCUCCUACCUAGUACUCAUCAUUUUCGGACACGUGCGAGACUUUUUCGGCAAGCGAUUCAAGCCGGAUCAUUACAAGCAGCUGCGCGAAUGCGAUGGAUACGCGCCGCUAAACUCCGAUUUCGACAACUUCUACAUUCGACGUUUGCAAUUGCGCAUCAACGACUGCUUCCGUCGGCCAGUGACUGGUGUUCCCGGACGUUUCAUCACUCUUCUCGACCGCACGAGCGACGAUGGCAACAUCACCUUCAAGCUCACGGGUACCACCACACAAACGCUCAACAUGUCGUCCUACAACUACCUCGGUUUCGCCGAUGCUGAGGGUGAAUGCGCAGACGCAGCAGAGGCCAGCUUGAAGAAGUACGGAAUCUCUUUCUGCUCACCUCGCGGUGAUGUUGGUACCUCAGAACUGCACACCGAAGUCGAGCGACAGGUGGCCGAAUUUGUCGGAAAGCCUGCAGCAACAAUCUACUCCAUGGGUUUCGUCACAAAUGCCACCAUCUUUCCUGUCCUCGUCGGCAAGGGUUGCUUGAUGAUUUCCGACCAGCUCAACCACGCCUCAAUUCGCUUCGGCGCUCGUCUCAGUGGAGCAGUCAUCGACAUGUUCAAGCACAACGACAUGAACGACCUGGAGCGACUCCUCCGCGAGCGCAUCUCUCAAGGUCAACCGCGCACCCACCGACCAUGGAGGAAGAUUCUUGUUGCCGUCGAGGGUCUGUACAGCAUGGAGGGCACACUCUGCAACCUCCCAUCCCUCGUCGCCCUCAAGAAGAAGUACAAGUUUGCCCUCUACGUUGACGAAGCCCACUCCAUCGGAGCUCUUGGCCCUCGUGGUCGCGGUGUUUGCGACUAUUUCGGCAUCGACCCAGAAGACAUUGACAUCCUCAUGGGCACAUUCACGAAAUCCUUCGGCGCCAACGGCGGCUACAUCUCUGGCAGCAAAGACCUGAUUGACAAAAUCCGCGUCAACAACGCCGGCACCAUCUACGGCGAAUGUCCGACUCCCGCCGUCCUAUCUCAAAUCCAAUCGUCCCUCCGCAUCAUUUCCGGCGACCUCUGUCCGGGUCAAGGCGAAGAGCGUCUCCAGCGUCUCGCCUUCAACAGCAGAUAUCUCCGCCUCGGUCUCAAGCGUCUGGGCUUCAUCAUCUACGGCCACGACGACUCGCCCAUCAUCCCGCUCUUGCUCUACCACCCAGCCAAGAUCCCCGCCUUUUCCCACGAAAUGCUCAAGCGCAAAAUCGCCGUCGUCGUGGUUGGAUACCCUGCUACACCUCUCAUCUCUUCUCGCGCGCGAUUCUGUGUCUCCGCGGCGCAUACGAAGGAUGACCUGGAUCGACUUCUCGCGGCAGUGGAUCAGGCGGGUGAGGUGCUGCAGUUGAAGUUCAGCUCUGGUGCGGCGGGCGGACAGGAGCCAAUGCAUGACGGUUUGGUAAACGAGGAGGAAGCGGAGGUGAGGAGUUGUUUGGAAGUUGGCGAGGGCAAGGGCGUUGUCGCGCCGAGGUGGAAGGUUGAAGAUGUCAUUCGACGAGGAGUGGCGGAUGUGAAGAAGCCGUUGUGUUGA